AUGAAACAAAAAGUUAUCGCAUCCCUACCAAAACCUGUAGAAACAAAGAAUAGGUUCCAGGUUCUCACAGAGAGCGAAGAGGAAGAUGAACAAAUAAUGGAAGAGAGACUAAAAGCAAGAAAAGAGAGGCGAGAGAAGGCUGAAAACCACAAAAAAUCAUUGGCAGAGAAGUCAACAGUAAAACCUCCCUCAAAAGAUAAAAACGAACCCCCACAAAAGAAAAAAUCGGCAAUGCCACCUAUAGUGCUCGAGGGAGUUCCCGAAGACCACAAAGGGCUGACAGGGGUACUUAGAGAAAUCAUAAAGGGUAACUUCAACGUGAAAUACACGAACAACUCCACCAUAGUAUUCACAGAAGACAAAAGUGACUAUGACAGAAUACUUGAAAAUAUAAAAACUGAAGAGAUGGCGUUCCACACUUACACAAGUAAAAGUGAUAAGUCCCACGCAUUCGUCCUGCGCGGACUAGGGGACGGAACCAAAAUAGAGGAUCUAGAAGAAGAUCUAAUGAUCAACUACGAAAUAAAAACCAGAGCAAUAUACAGGAUGACCACGCGAAACAGACCCCUAUACCUGGUGGUGACAGACCCGUCUAUCACUAUGGAAUAUCUUAACCGGAACGUCAAAGUGGUAUUAUACACCAGAAUUACGUGGGAAUUGAGGCGAUCUACCAAACUUAUUAUUCAAUGCCACAACUGA